UUACUCCUCAGUAUUUUCCUUCGUAUAUUCCCACGAUAGGGUCCUCUCCCAUUGCCUCGGGGGGUUUCAGGGCUUCAGGGUUUUAGCUUACCGCUUCCAAACCCCACUGGAAACCCUGCACGCCGGCGACAAUGGCACGCUUCACGAGGUCAUCCUCACAUCGUCUCCUCUACACCCUCUACGUUUCCCCCACUAAGAUGACUCCUUCACCGUCGCCCGCCGCCUCUCUCCUCGCCGGCACCUUACACCUCCGCCAGUUCUCCACCGGGAACCUUGCGCGGGCCAAAGACGACAAGGAACCAUGGUGGAAGGAGUCCAUGGAUAGGCUUCGUAACAUUGGGAUCUCGGCGCACAUCGACUCCGGCAAGACCACACUGACGGAAAGGAUUCUGUUCUACACAGGGCGAAUCCACGAGAUUCACGAGGUUAGAGGUAAAGACGGAGUGGGUGCCAAGAUGGAUUCUAUGGAUUUGGAGAGAGAGAAGGGGAUUACUAUUCAGUCGGCAGCUACUUACUGCUCUUGGAAAGACUACAAGAUUAACAUAAUUGAUACGCCUGGUCACGUUGAUUUCACCAUUGAAGUUGAGAGGGCUUUGCGUGUUCUUGAUGGUGCUAUUCUUGUCCUAUGUAGUGUUGGGGGAGUGCAAAGUCAGUCUAUUACUGUUGAUCGGCAAAUGAGAAGAUAUGGGGUCCCAAGGCUUGCAUUUAUCAAUAAACUAGAUAGGAUGGGAGCAGAUCCUUGGAAAGUUCUGAAUCAGGCAAGGUCGAAACUUAGGCAUCAUAGUGCUGCAGUGCAAGUUCCGAUAGGCUUGGAAGAAGAUUUCCAGGGUCUCAUUGAUCUUGUGCAAUUGAAGGCCUACUAUUUUCAUGGUUCCAAUGGUGAAAAAGUUGUUGCGGAGGAUGUACCUGCAGAUAUGGAGACUAUGGCUGCGGAAAAAAGACGUGAGCUUAUAGAAGUUGUGUCAGAAGUUGAUGAUAAACUUGCUGAAGCAUUUCUCAAUGAUGAGCCCAUAUCAUCUACUGAUCUUGAGGAAGCAAUUCGUAGAGCCACCGUAGCACGGAAAUUUAUACCAGUAUUCAUGGGCAGUGCCUUCAAAAACAAGGGGGUUCAGCCACUUCUGGAUGGCGUUCUUAAUUAUUUGCCAUGUCCAGUUGAAGUUAGUAAUUAUGCCCUUGACCAGACAAAGAAUGAGGAGAAGGUUGUGUUGUCUGGAAGUCCUGAUGGACCACUUGUCGCUUUAGCUUUCAAAUUGGAGGAAGGGCGAUUUGGUCAGUUAACAUAUUUAAGAAUCUACGAAGGUGUCAUUCGGAAGGGCGAAUUUAUUAUUAACAUAAAUACUGGCAAGAAGCUUAAGGUUCCUCGCUUGGUUCGGAUGCAUUCAGAUGAGAUGGAGGACAUUCAGGAGGCUCAUGCUGGACAAAUAGUUGCUGUAUUUGGUGUUGAUUGUGCAUCAGGAGAUACUUUUACUGAUGGGUCAGUCAGAUACACAAUGACUUCUAUGAAUGUACCCGAGCCAGUGAUGUCAUUGGCUGUACAACCCAUUUCAAAAGAUUCUGGAGGACAAUUUUCAAAAGCUUUGAAUCGCUUCCAGAAAGAGGACCCUACUUUCCGUGUUGGCUUGGACCCAGAGAGUGGGCAGACGAUCAUUUCAGGAAUGGGGGAAUUGCACUUAGAAGUCUAUGUUGAACGCAUUAGGAGAGAGUAUAAGGUUGAUGCUACUGUUGGAAAGCCUCGUGUUAAUUUUAGAGAGACUGUUACUCAGCGUGCCAACUUUGAUUAUUUACAUAAAAAGCAAUCUGGAGGGCAAGGUCAAUAUGGUCGAGUAAUUGGCUAUAUUGAACCACUCCCAGGAUCCCCAACCAAGUUUGAAUUUGAAAACUUGCUUGUUGGGCAGGCUAUACCAUCAGGUUUUAUCCCAGCAAUUGAGAAGGGUUUCAAAGAAGCAGCGAACUCGGGCUCUUUAAUUGGACAUCCAGUUGAAAAUCUUCGGGUUGUCUUGACAGAUGGUGCUGCUCAUUCUGUUGAUUCCAGUGAACUUGCAUUUAAGUUGGCUUCUAUCUAUGCUUUUAGACAGUGCUAUGCAGCUUCCAGACCUGUUAUAUUGGAACCUAUUAUGCUUGUUGAGCUGAAAGUACCAACAGAAUUUCAGGGGGCUGUUGCUGGUGACAUCAACAAGAGAAAAGGUGUGAUUGUUGGAAAUGACCAGGAGGGAGAUGAUUCGGUUAUUACUGCUCAUGUUCCUCUUAACAAUAUGUUCGGCUACUCCACAUCACUUCGAUCAAUGACACAGGGUAAAGGGGAAUUCACGAUGGAAUACAAAGAGCAUGCGCCAGUCUCUCAUGAUGUACAGACUCAAUUGAUAAACAGCUACAAAAGCACCAUUGGAACUGAAUAGCCUGGCUUAGUCCUUGCAGUGCAUGGUCCUAAAUUCUGUGAGAAUCAUGUGCUUUAUUUAUUAACAAAAUUGGAAACUCUGACGUUGAUAUAUGCUAUAGGUUUGAUUCAUUAUUAUCUCAAUUUUGGAAAGCGAAAGAAAGUUGCUGUAAUCUUGCUACUAUAGUGUACGAAUAACCAUUUUUUAUGACAAUGUACGAAUAAACUAUUGAUCUUACUUA